CGAAAAGUUGCAGGUCAUAUUGAUAUUCGGAUGAACAGCUUUCCGCAAAACUGAAGUAUUUACUGAGGUUGAUGAUCGUUGGAGUAGCAUAGCAAAGAUGUGGAUUGCAGUGAUAAGCGGUUUGAUUAUCUACCUUAUAGUGAAGCUCUUCCUCUACGAGGACGACACACUCCUCGAUCUCUCCUCUUCCCACUUCAGCGCCAUCUUCACCGUCGCCAAAAGGCUGGAAAAGCUUUAUCAUGGAAGCAAAGUCUACAUUGGCCUCCAAAUUCCGGACGCCGAUUCCGCUUCUCGCCAGAAUAUUGACCUUGUUCUCGUUACUCAAGAGGGGGCUAUGGUGAUUGCGGUGAAGAAUAUAUCAGGAUUUGUGUCCACUGAUAAAGAUGGAAAUUGGGUUUGCACUGAUGGGAAGCACCAUAAAACUGAAGUGAUUUCUAAUCCUGUACCUGAAACCAAGCGAUUGAUUCCCAUCCUUGAAGAAUAUCUUGAACAAAGGGGAGUUUCUCUUCCAGAGGGAUAUUUUUCUGUUAAAGUGAUAUGUCCUAACCCGAAAUUCAGUUCCAUUGAUUCAGAUUCAUUUCCACCUGAGGUCAUCACUUAUGAUCAAUGGAAAAUUUUAAAACCUGGGCAGAGAAGUCUGUAUUCUGGAUGGAUCAAAGGUGUGUUUGGUGGCAAGGAUAAAACACAGCAGUCAUUCUAUGAUCAGCUUAAUUCGGCCCUCAGCACUGCCCCUAUAUCAGAUAGGCUAGAGCUCAAAGGAAACAAAUAUGUUCUAGGAGAAUUUAUUGAAUUCAAAGGGAAAGAAGAAGACGUACAUAGUUUGAGAAGGAUCAAAAGGUCUAAGAUUAGUCAGCUGAGCGUUCAGAAGAUAAGCAUGUUUGGUUUGGCUCAUUCAACUGUCCAAGUUUUGUUUGCACCCCGUGAUUAUCGUGCUGAUGGGUCUUCAAAGGCAUCAUCACAUUGGGAAGAGGUGACUGUCAGAUCUAGCACGGAGGUAGUUUUUCAACCGCUAAAUUCUACAAAACCGCACAAGUACAAGCUGUCUUCAGUGAUUUCCAUGUCACUGAGUGCCUGAAAAUACAUGAUGGACAAGGCAGCAAUUCAUGUGAGACGAUGCUUUCAUGAGGGCAGCAAGUGCUCGAUACAUCCAAGUUUUAUAAUUUGCAGCUAAAGGAAAGCUGACCCAUGUUUGCUGAGUUUUACUUUGAAGUUGGACUUGUUAUACGCGACUUAUUUCUAAAGAGUAGAUGAAUAUUUCAAACUACACUCAUCAAAGCCAUUUGAAUUUACUCCAUUUUGCUAGGGGCCAUUAUAUUUUAAACAUGCAGUUUGAAAUUUCGAGACGAUAAGAAUCCUAUAAUUCAUUUUGAUAUUCUUUAGAUU